CCCCCCCCCCCCCCAACAAAAAAAAAAACCCUAAAUAAAAAGAAAAAUGUGUAAAAAAGAGAUAACUACAAAAAGAAACUUCAAUGUAAAGAUGAGCAAGAGUGAAGUGGUGGCAGCAGUUUUGCCAAUACAAGAGCAUUGGCUACCACUGUCCAAUCUUGACUUGCUCUUGCCUCCAUUGGAUGUUGGAGUUAUCUUUUGCUAUCAAAAUCCUAUUUCUGUGACAACAAAAAUAGAAUUUGGUUCAAUGGUUAGAAUUCUCAAAGCUUCUUUGGCUGAAACAUUAGUUAUUUACUAUGCAUUUGCUGGUGAGAUAGUUCAGAACUUAGGUGGAGAACCUGAGCUUCUUUGCAACAAUAAUGGAGUCAAUUUUACAGAAGCUUUUGCUGAUGUUGAGCUCAAAGAAAUCAACUUUUAUAAUCCAGAUGAGAGUAUAGAGGGAAAACUUGUUCCAAAUAAGAAGCAUGGUGUACUAGCUAUUCAGGUUACACAACUCAAAUGUGGAGGACUAGUUGUGGGUUGCACAUUUGAUCAUCGAGUUGCUGAUGCAUAUUCAGCCAACUUGUUUCUUGUAUCAUGGUCUGAAUUAGCUCAAUCCAAACCUCUCACUCAGCUCCCAUCUUUCCGUCGAUCGUUCCUUUUUCCUCGACGUCCUGGUUACUACGAUGACUCAAUCGAUAGCCUGUACGUACCAAUACCAACCCUACCACCCUCAAAACCCGAAACCCUUAGCCCUAACGAUCAAGCCAUAAGUCGAAUUUACUAUGUCACGGGGGAGAAAAUCAGUCACCUUCAAUCACUAGCCAAUCGUGACCAAAAAAGUGCAAAAUUCCAGAGGUCUAAACUUGAAUCAUUCAGCGCUUACCUGUGGAAAACUAUUGCAUGUGGAAUUAAAGAAACAUCAAAUUCCAAGAAUUUCAGGUUUGGUAUCGUUGUUGAUGGUAGGACAAGAUUAAGUAAUGGAGAUGAUAAUCAAGAAAAAUUACUAAAAGGGUAUUUUGGUAAUGUUCUCUCUAUCCCAUUUGGAAACAAGAAAAUUGAGGAGCUAAAAGAGAAGCCGUUGAGUUGGGUAGCAAAUGCGAUUCAUGAGUUUAUAGAAAAAGCAGUAACACGCGAACAUUUUCUUGGAUUGAUAGAUUGGGUUGAGGCUCAUCGUCCUGAACCGGCCGUGGCAAAAAUAUACGCCACGGACGACGAUGGACCCGCCGUGGUAGUGUCAUCAGGGCAACAAUUUCCAGCCAGAGAGAUAGAUUUCGGAUGGGGUGAGCCAGUCUUCUGGUCGUAUCAUUUUCCAUGGGCGGGAAAAUCAGGAUAUGUGAUGCCAAUGCCAAGUCCUAAAGGAAAUGGAGAUUGGAUUGUUUAUAUGCAUUUGAUGAAAUGGCAAUUGGAACUAAUUGAGACUUCUGCAUCCAAUGUGUUCAAGCCUGUGACUGCAAAUUAUCUCAGCUUAAUGUGAUUGUAGUAUAUUGUAAUCAACUUUAUAUACGUGUGAUGUGCUCUUUGGAUGUUUUGUUCGUUAUGUAAAAGUUGAAUCUAAUGUGAAACAAAUAAAAAGAAUAUGAAAGAGCUCGGAAAAUAAGCAAAAUUAUGAAAUUCGCAUAUUCCGUGCGGGUUGAUUAAAAAUGUACUCAUAUUACAUUUUCCCUUAGAGUUGAAUAAAAGAAAAUUCCGACAAGCUGCUAAAAUA